AUGGACCGAUAUGUAAUAAGAGAAAGACGAUUGGGUGUAGAGUAUCCUGAGGGAAAUCAUAUGAUUGCGUUUUCAGCAACUAGUACAGGAAAUAAUAUUACUAUGCCUGAACAAGUUUUCUACAGACCUGGUAAUACUGAUAGUCCAAGCAUUAAUAUGCAUUUGGGCGCUCCAGGAUUAGUUGCACUACAGGCGCCAAGCUAUCCAUCAAAUGUGAAUCAACCACAAGGUCAUUUCGUGUCUGGAAUUGAUCCUCGUUAUUUAGCGGCAUACAAUGAUAACUCCGCAGGAUAUAUCGCUACAGAAAUUUCAAAGAAACAAACGGAAAUUGAUUUAUCGAAGAACGAAGUAAAGCAUCAAGUCAAAACUCGAAGCGAAAAACUUAAAGAGCUGCAAAAAUCUGGUAUUCGAGUAUUUUCUGGUCCCAUAGAAAAUAUUUUGAAAUGGCACAAGUCACUUCAAGACGUUGGUCUCAUGGUUCUUUAUGAAACUGUUGGUAAAUGUGUCAGUGUAAGAGCAGGCGAAUCUUGUGCUAAGAAUUUGGUCGUGCGAGACGAUAAUGGACCAGCAAUUCAAGUAGUCUACUAUGAAAUAGACUUUUUGUUACCCGAAUUGAAAAUACCUUGUCUUAUAAGGGUUAUAGGCCGUAUUAUGCCAGGCAGCAGUAGAUUGCAAGCGUUUAGUGUACGUCCGGCGACAGGAGACGAUAUAUCCAUACUGCCUCGUCGUGCUGCAGUAGCAUCUCAUCACGUAGCUAAACUCUGUAAAGAAUAUUCCCAAUAA